AUGAAGACCGCUACCAUUGUUUAUGCCUUGGCGUUGGUAUUUGGCGUGACCCAGGCGGCCCCAUACCCUCCAUCGCACUUAUUGGCCCGUAGUGCUCCCAACGUACCCACUGGCGAGGAUGCGAAGUCCAAGCUCAACAAGCUUACAGUCUCUGCAUCCCUACCUGGCGCUGGGUAUAACAGAAAACUUUUCCCUCACUGGAUAAUGCAGCACGGUGAAUGCAAUACCCGCGAAGAAAUCCUUAAGAGGGAUGGUACGAAUGUCGUUGUUGAUGCCAAGUGUGUUUCCACAUCCGGCACAUGGGUUUGCCCAUACACUGGUCUGCCAUAUUAUCAAGCGUCUGAUAUCGAUAUCGACCAUAUGGUUCCAUUGAAGAACGCUUGGAUUUCUGGUGCCGCCAAUUGGACCACUGAAAGACGAGGCGAAUUUGCCAAUGAUCUAAAGGGCCCACAAUUGUGGGCUACGAAGGAUACCGUCAAUCAAGCCAAGUCGGAUUCCUCCCCAGAUAAGUGGAAGCCACCACUUGAAUCCUUCUACUGCACUUACGCAAGCGCGUGGGUCGAAGUUAAGAGCGUUUGGGGCCUUACUAUCACCGAAGUCGAAAAGGCUGCUCUUCAACAGAUGUUGAAUACCUGCCCUGGAAAGUCCGGCAAUAUCUUUUGCAAGUAA